UAAAGCGACGGUCAUCGCCACCGCCUCCCGCCGCCUGAAACCCCAAAAUGACGACCGACAUGGGUCCUCCACCUCCCCGUAACCCUACAACCACCACUACCUCCGAUCAAACUCAAUUGACGGAAACUCCUACCAAAACAGUAGACGAUAUGAAGAAGACUCCUAUGGGGCCUCCACCUCCUAUCCCCUUGAAUAUCGAAUCAGAGAAAUCCGUACAACCUAAAGAACCACAGCUCCCUGAGGACUCUGCUGUCGCUACGGCUGAUAAUUCCACGACGGUUGAAGAGGCUGGUUUAUCGGAGAGUAAGAAAGAAGAGCAGAAACCUUCGAGCAAUGUUGGUAGUGGUGGAUUAGCAGUUCCUUAUACGAUUCCGUCAUGGAGUGAACCUCCGUGCCAUAAUUAUUUUCUUGAAGUGCUCAAAGAUGGCUCUAUCAUAGAUCAAUUUGAUGUGCAUGAGAAGGGAGCUUACAUGUUUGGGCGAGUAGAUCUUUGUGAUUUUGUCCUUGAGCAUCCAACCAUUUCUCGGUUUCAUGCUGUUCUCCAGUUCAACAAAUCUGGUGGUGCUUUUCUCUAUGAUCUGAGUAGUACACAUGGGACAUUCAUAAAUAAGAACCAGGUGAAGAAAAAGGUGUAUGUGGAGCUGCACGUUGGUGAUGUCCUUCGAUUUGGCCAUUCAUCUCGGUUGUACAUAUUUCAGGGACCACCUGACUUGAUGCCUGCAGAAAAGGACUUGAAGAGUAUUAGAAAUCUUAAGAUGCGAGAUGAGAGCCGUGACAUGGAAGCUUCGCUUCUACGAGCAAAAAGGGAAGCGGCACUUGCAGAUGGUAUCUCAUGGGGCAUGGAUGAGGAUGCUGUUGAAGAAAAUGAGGAUGACCUUGAAGAAAUAACUUGGCAAACUUUCAAAGGACAGCUUACAGAGAAGCAGGAGAAAACCCGAGAAAAAGUUUUGAAGAGGCUUGAAAAGAUCGCUAAUAUGAAGAAGGAAAUAGAUGCUAUUCGUGCGAAGGACAUUUCCCAAGGUGGUUUAACACAAGGACAACAGACUCAGAUAGCUCGUAAUGAACAGAGAAUGGCCCAGGUUGCAGAAGAGCUCGAAAACCUGGAGGAAACCUUAAAUGAAAGUAUACGUGAAAGUAUGGGUGCACGUAUUGGUAGGGUGCAUGGUAAGAAGAAAGGAGCAACUGAGGAUGAUGAAGAUGCAUAUAUGAGUGAUGAAGAUGAGUUCUAUGAUCGAACAAGGAAGAAACCGUCUAAACAGAAGGGUGCAGAGAGCCAGUCAAUUGAAACAGCAGAUUCUCUUCUGGACAAGAAAGAUGCCAUCAAUAGAGAAAUUGAAGAAAAGAAGAAGUUGCUUGUCGAUGAGAAGAACAGAGUGAUUGCUGACAGCGAGGAUGUGGGUGAAGCUGGAGACGUAUUGGAUGCAUUCAUGUCUGGACUAUCGUCUCAACUAGUGCAUGACAAAACAAACUCACUCCAGAAGGAAUUGGACGAGCUGCAAUCAGAGCUGGAACGAGUUCUAUAUCUGCUUAAGAUCGCCGAUCCUGCGGGCGAAGCCGCUAGAAAACGAGAAUCCGUUGCAGGUGAUGGAAAACCAAACAUACCCAAAAUCCCAGUUGUAAAGAAACCAUCCGUAGAGAAGCAUUCACGACACAAAGUGGAAGAAACCGCCCAAAAACAGGGUACUACCAAUAUCACUACAAUAUCAAACACGGGCCCCGACCACGAGUCAGCUGAGGUUGUAACAAAAGCUACGGAAACAAAAGCUACUGUAUACACCGUUACUAAGCCCCAAUGGCUCGGGGCUGUGGAGACCAAAGAACCGAAAAAGGCCCAAGAGGCACCUAUGGUUGUGGUGGAAUCCGAACAGUUUGUAGAUUAUAAAAACCGGAAGGAGGUUUUGGGGAAAAAGGAGAAUGCACAUGUGAAUGAGGACUCGGAGCUCGAAAAUGCAGCACCUGGUUUGAUUAUAAGAAAGCGAAAACCGGUUGAGGAGCCGGAAAACGUUAAAGUUGGAGAUUCGGAUUCAGUUAAGUCGUCUGUAGGAGUAGAUAUCGCAGCAGAAGAUGCUGUAGCGCUGCUGUUGAAACACACAAGAGGAAUUCAAGCGUUAGAUGAUGAAGAUAGCCAUGGCGGCGGUGAGGGUGGUGCAGCAGAUAACCAAGGAAAGAAAGGAAAGAAGAAGGCGAAAAAGGUGAUUGGUCCCGAAAGACCAUCUUUUAAUACCGAACCUGAUUACGAGUCCUGGGUGCCUCCAGAAGGUCAAUCUGGUGAUGGACGGACCUCAUUGAAUGAUCGUUUAGGAUACUAACUACAAAUGGUAUUAUUCGGCCACUCCCAUGUCGUUUGCAACAAUAGAAAUAGCAUCCUUGCUAUUGCUGCUACUGUUACUGAUACCGAUACUGCAAUGGUGAUGUGGAAUGAGAGUUUCAUCGGUUUAUUAUUUCCCUUAAAAGAACGUUAGCCAGUAGUAGCAUUUGUGUAUACUAACGAGAGCAGGACGAAACCAUCUCACUGCAUCAACCAAAACCUCUUCCGGUGGAUUUAGGAUUCGAAGUUAUCGUGCAAUAUUUUUCUCGCAUUUUGGUAAAAGAUGUGGUUUAUGGCGAGUUCUCCCAAACUCUACUCUGUGUGGGAUUCACUGGUUCCUUUAGUUGGCGAAAAUUCUUCUGUAUGGGAUAUAGGUUAGGACCCUGCCUCUGUGUGGGAUUCACAGGAUAUACACCCUGGUUUUAUUUUGUGUUGUGUGGGAUUCACUGGUUCUUUUGGUUAGGGCUUGUUUGUUAGCAGUUUAAUGGAACUCAUGGCU